AUGAGCGUCAAACUCGACGCCGACGGGUUUGUCAUUCCCCCGUCGUCACGAUACGCACUCCCGUCUCGCCCACCCGCAGAGUGGUCGACCUCGGAGGGGAGCGGGAGCUCGGACGAGGUUGUGCCUGCUGCAGUGGCCCACCUCCGCCGUCGCCACCGCCGCAAGCGCACCUCGUCGUCGUCCAAGACUCGCACCCGGACGCGAUCAGGCUCGCUCUCCUUCCGCAUUGCGCCUGUGGACAAAGCCGCUGCCUCUCCGCCGCCGGCCUCGCCUGACGCCCUGUGGGAGGCCACCCACUCGCUCCGCUCGCUCCAGGCCUGGCCAACCUCUGCCUCGGCCUCUGCCUCGGCCUCGCCGUCGGCGGCUGCCUCUCCCACGCUAGCUGGAGCCCAGGUUGGAGCCAGAGCCAAAGCAAGAGCUGGCUCGGUCUCAGCUCCGACAACGCCCUCGGUUGAUGUUGGAGCCUUUCACGCCUCGUUUGGCAAGCCCCCAGCUGUCUUUGAUCCGUUUGCUUCGCCAGCGCUGUCGCCUUUUCCUCGGCUUGCUACAAGUGUGAGCAAGGACGACGAGUUGGACUCGGACUCGGACUCGGACUCGUUCUUGUCGGGCUGGUCUGACGACGAUGAUGAAGCCGCCACUGCUGCCGAUGCCUGCGUCCUCGCCGAGGUCGACAGCCUCCCGCCGCUCGCCCUCGCUCAGCGGAGCGAGAUGGAUCGGGAUGCACUCCUCUCCGAGAACGCCAAGCUCCGGCACCGGGUCGGCGUCUUGAGCGCCGCCUUUGCUGUCCACAAAGACAAGACCCGCAAGCUGUUUGAGCUUGAGGAGGCACGUGCCGCUCAGCUGCGCGAGCUCUGCGUCUCGCUGGCGGCCCAGCUCCGCGAGGUCCAGGCUGCAACGCCAUCGCCGGCCCGCACGCCCCGCUCGCCGGCGCUCUCGCCGGUGGCCACGCCCCGCUCGCCCAAUCUCGACAUUGCCGACUUUGACACUCGCAUUGCCGACCUCGCUGCCCAACCGCGCCUGGAGCGGCUUGAGUUCCGUGGCGUCGACGGUUUGGACGAGCCUGAGGUCGCCGCCCUCGCCCGCUGUAUCAACAUCCACUACGAGCUGGAGGCCAUUGUUCUCGAGGACUGCCAUCUCGAGGCCGAGGCGCUGAAGACUCUGCUCGAGGCUGCUGGUGGCGGUGCUGGCGCGCACGCCCGCCUUCGCAAGCUCGCCUCGCUCCGCCUUGCUGGCAACCGACUGCACCACUGGGCGGCUCAGAGCCUGACCGGGCUCCUCCGCGCCUCGCCAGCGCUCACUGCCAUCGACCUCUCACGGACCGGCUUCUCCGACCGCGGCAUGGGCGUGCUUGCUAGCGCCAUCUCGGCUUCGGGCGCCGGUGCGCUCCGCUCGCUCACUCUCGCCGCUAACGCCAUCGCAGGCUCGCGCCUCCUGCUCCUCGCCCAGAGCCUGGUCGGCCUCCCGCACUUUGAGUGCCUCGACCUCUCCGACAACGCCCUAACUUCGGCUUCGGUAGUCGGCGCGGGCUUCCUCAUGGCCGCUUCGGCAUCGCUCACAAAUCUUUCGCUCGCCCGCAACGCGCUCUCGGAUGCCGCCGCCGCCGUCCUCGCCAAGGGCCUUCGCUUCUCAGCACGCAUCACCUCGCUCGACGUCCGCGGCAACGCGCUCUCGCGCUCGGCAACCGCCGCACUUCAUGCAGCCUGGCUCGACGUCCACGCCUCGAACGCCUCGCGGCUGCCGCUCCUUUUUGAAGCGCCGCCGCCUUAG